UCCCUUUGUUUUUGGUUUAGGCGAUUUUUCGGUUACUUCUUCGAUCUUCUGGAGAUUCAAAAAACCCCCAAAGUAUAAAAGAAUAAUACUUUUGAGACCAAUGAGUGACCAAGAUGACUUUGAAACCUCAGAGGCAACAGUGAAUCAGACUUCUACUCCACCAUUGGGGCGUAGAAAUCGGUCAGAUGCUGAGGAUGACUUUACAGAAGAGACAAAUGACGGAAGCAAAAGACAGAAAUCUGAUCCAUCCUCAACAAUGAAGGCAGAACGAAAAAUAAGUUCAUCGCAUUUAUAUGACAACUUUGACCAAGAGACUUGCGAAAAUGAAUUUGUUGAGAUGUUUGUAGCCACUGAUCUUCCUAUUUCAUUCGUAGAGAAUAAAGCAUUUCAAAAGUUUCUAAAGGUUUUACAACCGAAAUUUAGUGUCUCCUCACUGUUACAGACUACAUUGGCAAAUUAUAUUUUGACUCUAUGGGAUGCAGAAAGAACAAAAUUACAGAGCUUUCUUGCACAACAUUGUGGAAGAGUUUGCCUCAGCAUUGACACAUGGACUUCAUGUCAAGAUCAGAAUUAUAUGUGUUUGACUGCCCAAUUUAUUGAUAAUCAUUGGAAAUUGCACAAAAAGAUUCUAAACUUUUUGCCAACCAUAGAUUGUUCAAUGGAGUAUAUGGUAUCUACUAUUAAGCGGUGCUUGAAUGAUUGGGGAUUGAGUAGUGUUUUUAGUCUGACAGUUGAUAAUGUAUCUCCAUAUGAUUCUGAGUUUCGAUGCUUAAAGAAAAUGCUAAUGUCUCGGAACGCAUUAGUUUUGAAAGGAGAUUACAUUCAUAUGCACUCUUGUGCUCAUAUUUUGAACAUGAUUGUGAAGGAGGGGUUACACAACAUUGAUAAUUCUUUUUUGAGAAUUAGUGAUGCAGUUCAAUACAUAAAAUCAUCUCCUAUAUAUUCUGCAUUUGAUGCAUGCGCUGAGCAAGAAAAGAUUGAACGUAAAGGAUAUGUUUACUUGGAUGUUGAAACUGAAUGGAAUAUAUCAUUUGAGAUGUUGGAGGCUGCUUUAUAUCAUCGAUAUGCAUUUGAGAAACUUGAGUUACAAGACAAAAAGUAUGUUCGUCAGUUAAAAAAGGGAAAGGGGAAGCGUGCUCCUACACGUGAAGAUUGGAACUUUGCUUGCGUGAUUUUACCAAUUUUGGAGAUCUUUCGUGAAACUAUUUUGCAUAUUUCUAAUAUCUCUAAUGUUACUAGUAAUAUAUAUAUGUUAGAGGUAUUUAGAAUUGGUAAAAUGAUUAGCCAACUGUGUCAUUCCAACGACCUAAGUGUACAGCUUAUAGCUACAAAAAUAAGGAAAAACUUUGUUGAGCAGUUUGAUCAGCAUUCUGAUCGGCAUUGGGAAAGGCAUGAUGCUUUGAACAUGUUGCUGCUAAUUGCUCUUGUAUUUGAUCCUAGGUACAAAGUUGGAUAUAUAAAUUGGAUGAUUAAUCAGAUUUUUGAUUCAGUUGCGGCAGCUAAGUUGAAAGAGAAGUUGGAAUCUUGUUUGAAGUCCCUUUUUGAGGAAUAUAAUGGAGAGGAGUUGAAAAACGAUUCAAAAAAAGCAAAAUUAGAUGAAGAUGGUAAAAAUGAUCCCUAUAGUUGGAAUGAGUUUCUGCAAUCAUAUAAAUCAAGUUUCAAAUCUGAGUUAAAUAAGUAUUUGGAGGAAGAUAUAGAGACCUCUGUGGAAUUGGAUGUCUUAAAUUGGUGGAAGCUAAAUUCAAGUCGAUUUCCGGUCCUUGCAAACAUUGCUAGAGAGGUUUUGGCUAUGCCCGUCUCAACCUUAACCUCCGAGUGUGCAUUUGGUACUAAUGCCAAGGUGCUCGAUUCCUUUUGUAGUUCUCUUAGUUUUGAACUUAUGCAAGCACUUGUCUGCACGCAAGAUUGGAAACACGGGAAACCCUUCUCGUUGCUUUUUAAUGAGGAUUUGCAGAAGCUUAAGCAAGAAAUGGUUUCCCAACUAAAUGUUGGAUGUUCAAACUUUGUUACUCCGGAUGAUUGAUUAUGGAUGCUUGUUCUUUAUUUGGUUUUUAGAAUCACUGUAUCUAUGCAAGGUUAAUUUCUUUUAAAGCAAUUUAUUUUUCUGUCAACUCAAUUGGUCUAGACUGAAGUCGUUGUUGCGAAGUAUUUUUUAGUUCAGUUUUUAUGGUUGUUAUAACAAAGUUUAGAGUUUCUAUUCAGGUUGUUAUUUUUUCUGCGC